AUGGUUGGUGGCGGCGGUGGCGGCGGUGACGGUAGUGACAAUGUUGCGCUCAAGGGUCUUGCCAAGUUUUCCAAGGAGUCAAGUGAGGAGGAAAGGGAGCAUGCUGAGAAAUUAAUGGAAUAUCAGAACAAACGAGGUGGAAAAGUGAAGUUGCAGUCUAUAGUGAUGCCACUUUCUGAGUUUGAUCAUGUGGAAAAAGGAGAUACGCUAUGUGCGAUGGAACUUGCUCUGUCAUUGGAGAAGCUAACGAAUGAGAAGCUCCUUGACUUGCAAUGUGUUGCCUCAAAGAACAAUGAUGUGCAAUUGGCAGAUUUUGUUGAAAGCGAGUUUUUGGGUGAACAGGCUUUUCUGGAUAUGAAAAUUGGCCAUUUGGCCUAG